GAGGGCUCAGUCCUGCUAUGGCCACCACCACCAGCACUGAGGAGAGCUCUUCUGUCUCUCCGGCGUCCGUAGCACCCCAGCAGCCUGACUUGGAAACUAGUUUAGAACCCGACUCAGCAGCAAAGACUGAGCCCAAAGAAGCCCAAUGUGACAGAAAGGAAAAGGAGGAUGAUGAAGAGGAGGACGCAGAAGGGGGUGAAGGUUCUGCUCUGGGGCAGGAGAGUCCCAAAGGGCCACAUUUGGAUCCAGACUGGGUGGAAGAGAGGUUCAGGAUUGACAGGAAGAAGCUUGAAACCAUGCUGUAUGCUCCAAACCAAGAAGAGGGGGAGACAGGAGAGGAGUUUUUUGAGAGGGUGAUGAGAGAAACUAACACUCAGGUGAAAUGGCCAUCUAAACUGAAGAUAGGAGCCAAGUCAAAGAAAGAUCCACAUGUGAAGGUGGAAGGGAAGAGAAACAACGUUGUGGACGCCAAAAAGAAGAUACUAGAAGUGCUAGAGACCAAGGUGAACAAAGUGACUCUGAAAAUGGACGUGGCCUACACAGAGCACUCCCAUGUGAUCGGCAAAGGUGGUGGGAACAUUAAAAAGGUGAUGGAGGUCACAUCCUGUCACAUCCACUUCCCCGACUCCAACCGACACAACGCCACGGGAGAAAAAAGCAACCAGGUCUCCAUCGCUGGGCCCAUAGAGGGAGUGGAGGAAGCCAGGAGGAGGAUCAGAGAUCUCCAGCCGCUGUCAUUGACCUUUGAGCUGCCAGUCAGUCUGGUCCCGCAGGCUCUUCCAGAUGCAGGAUCCCCGCUCAUCCAGCAGGUCGUGCAGGCUUUGGGGAUCAGUGUGAGCUUCAGGUCCCUGCCACCACAACCUCAAGCCUCCUUUUAUGGAAGCUCCUGCACUGUCUGGGGGAUGCAUGGCAACGCAGCCGCUGUCAAGAAGGCAACCUGCAUUCUAAUGGACCUCCUACUCGGAUCAGAAGUCUCAGGUGGGAUAGUGAGCAGUCAGCUGGACGUCACCUCUCAGCAGCAUCUCUUCUUGCUGGGACAGAACGGAGCACACUUCCUGAGCGUUAUGCACCAGACCCAGACCCAGAUCAUCCUGCCGGACCUCAGCGCUCCACAGAGCCCUCCCUCGCUGCUCAUCCAGGGCAGCCCUGAUGGAGUGUGUCUGGCUCGGCAGCAGCUCAUGGACUGUCUGCCUGUUUGUUUGAUGUUUGACAUCCGUGAAGAUGGGGAGGCAGAACCUUGUAAGCUGGCUCAGAUGAUGCAAAACCUGGGAGUCUUCAUUAGUGUCAAACCCAAAGCAAAACAGACCAGCAAGUCAGUGGUGGUGAAAGGUCUGGAGAGGAACAUCUCCUGCCUUUACGAGGCCCGUCGCCAGCUCCUGGGUCUGGAUUCCUGCGAACACGCCAAGACAGCCGGAGUGAACCCUGACCUGAUAUUACCUGGCAGCGGGCUGACCAGCUAUUGGCUCAACAUGUUGCUGCAGCAGCUCCGUCUCUCUGAACAGGAGGUGCUGUAUGGUGGCAAGCCCCGCCCCUCACCUCCACCGGGCCUCACGUCAGCCAAUGAAGAGGGCAGGACGGGGCUGAAGGGAACAGACAGUCGGCCGCUUGAGAAGAUCCUUGAAAACGAGGACCAGUCUGACCAAUCAGACAACGAGAGCUCAGAGGGAGUGGUGAUGUCUCCAGCUGAAAUGUGCCACCACAGCAUCGGUAGGCUGGGCUUGAGUGGGCGGAGGGGGAGUCUGCAGAGUCCUGAAAUCAGCAAGAUGCUCAGUGAGGGCAGACGCCACUCAACAGGACAGGCGCUGGCGUACCGACUGAUGAACACGGAGGCUGAGGGAGUGAGGAGUGAGCGGAAGAACAGCCUGAGGAGGGAUGUGACUCUGGUUCACAACGUCUGUGCCGACUCAUCCAAGACCGAGGAUUAUGACUAUGAGAAGAAGAAACUGCUGGCAACCAGGGCCAUGCAGAGGAAGCCUGUGGUCACUGAGGUCCGGACACCCACAGACACUUGGAGUGGCCUCGGCUUCUCCAAGUCUAUGCCGGCUGAAGCCGUCAAAGAGCUGCGCAACAUCAGCCGACGAAGUUACAAACCGUACCUGAGUACCAUCAGCGAUCAGCAACAGUCCUGGGCUUCUCAGACAGGAAAGAUGUGCAACGGCAGUGACUCUGAGAACUGGAGGCACAGACGUGGCUCCACAUCUCUUCCUCCUGUCCCCUCUUCUCCCACCUCUCCAUGCGCCCCUUCCUCACCCCCACCAACAUUCUCCUCCUCUGUUUCCUCCUUCCCUGCAUUUGCAUCCUCACUGAACAGAAGUGGAAAUGAUAAACCUCCGGAGGGCUUUGUGAGCAGCAGCUGCUUUGAAGGCGUGUGCCCGUCGAGGAGGGCGUCGACCAGCAGUCAGCACAGCCCCCCCUCCCUCAUGACAGAUGAUCUGCCUGAGCUGCUCAGCCAGCUCGGCCUGAUCAAAUACAUCGAUGUGUUUGAACAACAAGAGAUUGACUACCAGACCUUCCUCACCCUCUCCGAUGAAGAUCUGAAAGAAGUGGGCGUCUCCACCUUCGGAGCCAGGCGCAAGAUGUUAAUAGCAAUCUCAGACCUGAACAAGAGCAAGAGGAGGCUGUCCGACACAUCGGCUGUGAGGUCCGGCUAUCUGGAGGGCGGUGCGAGUGGCCGGCUUCCACGGAUUAUGGAUGUGGAAGUUGCAGCUCAGAGUAACCGCUGGUGAGAGGAGACGCCCGCCGAGGUCGGAGGUUCAUCUAACGCUUGUAGAGAACAUCUGUGAUCACACGUGUGGCUGUUGCCAGGAAAAAGAUCUUACCUGCUUUUCAUUUUCCUUAAAUUGAGAAGCAUAACAUUGCCCUAAAGAACAGCAAACAUGAUGCAAACAUUUAAAUGCAGUACCUUUCUUCUGAAGCCAUAACCAAAGGCUUUGUAAAAGAAAUACAACUGAAGACAAGGAGGCGUUCCCUUCCACACCUGAGACCUAACAGGAAAAUGAACAGGUGUCUUUUAUUGGCAUCAAGUGCCUUUAUUCUUCAAAUUCUAUGCCUUGACCAUGUUAACUAAGAUUUUUAUGCAACUGUAAA